AGCUUCUGUGGUAACAGACUCCGAACARAAGCGACUGAAGUGCAGCAACUGGUUCGUGGCUCCGCCGGUCGGUCGGUGCAGCUGCUGGCUGACAGCUCAAUAACUGAGGCGGAUCCCCGCGGCUCUCCGGCUGCCUCCACAUCUUUCUGCAGGCUUUCACCUUUUUUUGUUUUUUGUUUUCGUCAAUGGCAAGCCCGGCUGCAGACACAGGACAGUCUCAUCAGCAUCACCCUGGGACGGAGUCGGCCGCAGACUCUGCGUUUCAGGAGGCGCAGAAGUGGAUAGAGGCUGUCACAGGAAGAUGUUUCGGUGACAAGGAUUUCCGAGGAGGUCUACAGAAUGGGAUACUGCUGUGCGAGUUAUUGAGCUCUAUCAGGCCCGGCUCAGUAAAGAAAAUUAACAGACUUCAGACACCCAUAGCUGGCCUGGACAACCUCAGUGUGUUCCUUCGUGGCUGCGAGGAGCUGGGACUGAAGGGCUCCCAGCUGUUCGAUCCUGGAGAUCUGCAAGACACAUCAACACGUCCCACUGCCAAGGGAAGUGACUGCAGUCGAAAGCUGAAGAACGUUUUAAUCACCAUCUACUGGCUUGGUCGUGCUGCCAACAGCUGUACCUCCUACAACGGGCCCACGCUGGACCUGAAGGAAUUUGAGGGCUUGCUGUCACAAAUGCGAAAGGAGGCAGAAGUGGCAGUCAGCCCAACGCGCAGCAUCCGGGAUAGCGGCUACAUCGACUGCUGGGACUCUGAGCGCAGCGACUCCCUCUCCCCGCCACGCCACGGACGCAAGGAUUCAUUCGACAGCCUGGACUCGUUCGGCUCGCGCUCACAGCAGACCCCAUCCCCAGACGUCCUGGUGCCCCGUGGCAACAGCGAUGGCCGUGGCAGUGACUCGGAGUCUGACGGCCCCCCUCACAGGAAAAUCCCCGACCUCCAUAAAGACGACAUGUUGGCGCGGCGGACGUCGGUCACCGAGCUGCGGACCGCCAUGCCCUUCAACCAGUACCUGCCCAACAAGAGCAACCAGACCGGAUAUGUGCCGAUGUCGCUUCGCAAGAAAAGAAACGACGACAAGGACGAGGGAGGACGCAAGAGCUGGAGUACCGCUACGUCACCUGUAGGGGGCGACAGACCCUGCAGUACUCCAGCUCGCUCGUCCUCGGAAGAGCUCCUCCGGUGCUCGUCGGCUCUGUCGCCGAACGCCUUCGACGCAGCCGGGGGGCGCUCGGCCGCCGCGAAGCCGAAGGAUACGGAAGGCGCAGGUGCAGAUGGAGAAGAUCAAAAGGCCCGUCGAGUGCUGACCUCGCCCCGAUCCACUCAGAGUCCAUCAGACUUCCUUCCUGUGCCCUCUGCCAUGGCAGCGAGUGAUGCAGGCCAACACAGAGAGGCUGUGAAUGAAGAUGACCCAGAGGAGGAGGAGGAUCCCUGUUCGGACUGCAGCCUUCCUGCAACCCACACAGAUUGUGUGUCAGAUGAUCCGCAGAGUUUGAGCAUGAUCGACAUGCAUGAUGAAGAAGAGGCCAUCCUGCGGCCACACAGUCAUGUGCGCCAUGAGCUCAUGCACAACCAGUACAACAGAAUGAAAGAGGAGGACAAUCACUGGCAGGACGACCUGGCCCGAUGGAAAAGCCGGAGGAGGAGCAUCUCUCAGGAUCUGRUUAAAAAAGAGGAGGAGAGGAAGCUGAUGGAGCGUCUAAUAUCAGGAGACAGCUGUACCUCUCAGAGGAGGAGAAGCAUCAAGACGUACAGAGAGAUUGUGGAGGACAA